GGGAGGAGAGCAGACGGUGCGCCGGCUCGGUGAAUAUUGCGGACCUGGACGCGCCCAUGGAGGAGCCCGCUAAGGAAGCUCUCGCCGGGUGAAGCCGGCCGGAUGGUGCGGGCAGCACAGCGGCCGGGGCUUUGCAGUACCAUUAGUCGCUGGACUGGGUGUGGGUCUGGGUCUGGGAGCUGUGCCCCUGCCCGGCCGCCGCUAUGGCUUGGCCGUGCAUUAGCCGGGUCUGCUGCCUCUCUCGCUUUUGGAGCCAGUUGGACAAGUCGGAUCUCUCGGUGCCGCUGACCGUCCAGCAUUACUCCGAGGUUAUAGAACAGGAGGUGAGAUCCGUGGCACAGCAGGUGCUUCCGGACACGUCCCUGCCCAGCAACCCUCCCCAGGCUCCCGAACCCCGAGGGGAACCGGCUGAUGUUCAGGAGUCAGUCUCCAAGCACGACUUCAGGUCUUGGAAGGUGCGCAAGGAGGCGAGCUGCAAGCCCAGGCGGGAAUACCAGCCUUCCGAGGUCCCCUUCUCCAGCGACACCCAGUACAAGCUCGACUUCAAAGCCUGGCCCAUCCCCAGGAAGGAGAACUACCCCUGGCUGAAGGCAGGGCAGGAACAGCGGCCCAUGCCCAGCAGCGCCAGCGCUCACACUCUGCAUCCCUCCGGAUCAACCGCAGAUAAGCAGCAGAGAGGAGCCAAGCUGCAAAACCAUGCCAGGGAACCCGUGCACAGGCACACCACAGAGGAGCAGAUCAGACCCGCGGUGAAAACCACUUCCUACAGACAGGAAUUCCAGGCAUGGACUGGCGUUGAAGUGGUCAAACCUGUGAAGAUAAAACAAGAGUACACGCCCCCAGGAGACAAGAUUGUCCUUGAAAGCAGUUACAGGGCUGCUUUCACAGAGGAUGCAUUUCGGCGUAUAGAACCAUUGCAGGUUACAUCCAGCAAGUCCCAGAACCAAAUAGCUUCAUUAACUGAGACUGACAACACAACAAAGACAGAGAGCUCAGAACCAGUGGUGAAGACAAAGUUGUCGCCAUCUUCGAAUUCCUCAGCGGUGUUCCAGAGCCGCUCCCGUGUGUUGAAUAUAUAAACCCGGUCACAGCGUCCUCUCGAAGGAGCUGUCCCCUUGCUGAAGUAGACCCGGACGAAAGGCAGCUGCUUUAAAUUCCUCCACGACAAACUAUGCAAAACAAACCUUGGAGAGGAGCACUGUUGGCAUUUUGAAGUGCCCCUCAGUUGAAUGUUCAUUUGCAAUCGCCUGAUAAAUACUUGGCAUUGUACAGUAGAUGAUAAGUCCCAUUGGACUCGAACAAAACUCUGUUUAAUGUGUGAAUGCCUCAUCUGCAUGUUGAGUAAGGAGUAGAUUGUUUAAUUACGCACCAGAGACUUGGACAACAAGCAAUAGGUCGGGCAAUAAAAGCUGAGAGAAAAGUAA